UUUUAAUGAAAUGUUUUAUCUUUGUGUGAACAGAAAGAGCUGUGUAACAUGAUCCUGGACUGCUGCGCUCAACAGAGGACCUACGAGAAGUUCUUUGGUCUCCUGGCCGGGAGAUUCUGUCUGCUGAAGAAGGAGUACAUGGAGAGUUUUGAGGGGAUUUUUGCGGAGCAGUACGACACGAUUCACCGACUGGAGACCAACAAACUGAGGAACGUGGCUCGACUGUUCGCUCACCUGCUCUACACAGACUCAGUGCCCUGGAGUGUGUUGGAGUGUGUCAGGAUGAGUGAGGAGACCACGACGUCGUCCAGCAGGAUCUUUGUGAAGAUCCUUUUCCAGGAGCUCUGUGCCUACAUGGGCCUCCCCCGACUCAACCAGAGGCUCAAAGACGCGACUCUGCAGCCGUUCUUUGAAGGUCUUUUCCCUCGAGAUAAUCCCAGAAACACUCGCUUUGCCAUCAACUUCUUCACCUCUAUCGGACUGGGAGGCUUGACGUAAGAGAAUCACGAACAUGUUUAAAAAGCCUAACGGCCCG